CUCAGGAAGUCGUGUGUUCACAAGAUGACUUUGAGUUUAGACAAUCAAUUGGCUAGGCUGGCUUCAGCUGGGUUCCCUGGUUCACUCCUAACAGGAGUAGCCGAAAGCCUCUUAGCCCAGUCUGCUGGGAUUUGGAACGUACCAGAUUUGAAAUGUCCAGUGUCACUGAAUGCUGAGGAGAGCUCCAAUGUGUUUCGUGGACAGACACAUUCAGUUAAAUGUGAGGACUGCAUGUAGUGUUCACAUUUCUCUUGGCUUUUUCAUCGUUGUGCGCAAAACGGCAGUACCCGCUUGGCCAUGCAGCGUAUCUAGAAUGUCUGUGUUUUUGCCGUUUAAGAAAUCUCUCUCCAAGAGGAGACCUUCAACACCGUUUACACUAUGAUACAGUGAAAAUUAAGGUGUUUGUCUAAACAGAAAUACAGCCAAUGCAAAACUAGGCUCCUUUGUAUUAAAUAUACUUGAACAGGAGGACAUUUGAAGAGUCUCAAUAAAUUUGCCUCUAGUAUCGAAUGCUACCCCAACCCACGAGAUGUAAGUGUUUACGUCUCUAACAAGAACACAUGGAGAACGAAGCCAAUAAACGUAGUUUCCGAAACAGCCUACAAGCUGGUGGUAUGAAUAACGAGCACACUGUUAUCACCGUUUGUAGUGUCCAUGUAUGGCACUCUUUGUAAUGAAGGAAGGCAACCCUGGGGUUCGGGGGCUUCCAAGAUGGCUGCAGUUUCAUUGAAAUAAAUGUGUGUGUGUUCCCAACAGAAUCGACUGUAAUCAGUGUCAGUACUCGAACUACUAUACGUUACAAUGGCGACGAAGAUGCGUCUGAACUUCGCGAAGGCUGCCAAGCAACGAUUUUAAGCAGAACGAAGAUAUCAACACACAUUGUCGAAGCUUCUACUUUGCGGUAUGGCGCACAACAUGCUUCCAUCAUUCCCUUUCUUCGACGCGCGUGCCACUGACGCCAACAACGUCGGCACCGAGUGGUUGAAGUGGGUGAAACGCUUCGAAAACUUCAUCGUAGCCUGCGGUAUCACAGACGAUGCCCGGAAGACGGCCAUACUACUACACUACGUGGGGGAAGAAGUGUAUGACAUGUACUGUGCACUACCCGAUCCUCCCGCAGCCGCAGCUGCGUCUACCAUUUCAAGCACCGGUGGCUCCAGUAACGCAACCCCUCUCUACACCGCAGCACGUAGGAAGCUCGAUGACUAUUUCGCACCCCGAGUAAACACUACCUUCGAGGUAUACCGCUUCCGUCAAGCCAAGCAAAUGGAAAACGAAUCGCUCGACGCAUUUUACGCCAGGCUACGACAGCUUGUUAGGCACUGUGCUUUCGCCGAUGACGACACCGAAAUCAAGAAUCAAAUAUUGCUGUCUACAACGUCGACACGUCUACGCCGGUAUGCCAUGCAGCAUGACCUCGACUUGCAAGGAAUUCUCAAACAAGGCAGGUUAUUUGAAGAGGUCGAGCACGACAUCUCCGUGAUCGAGCAAGAAAGCCGGCAGUGUAAGGAAAACUCGGCGUCAGCGUCUACACUUGCAGUAAACUCCGAGCGCACCUCGCGACCUCAUCAGCCGAAGCACCAUGGGAAAGAGCCGUCACGGACUCGUGAGCCUCCGCGCCAUCAACGGGCAAACGCGACGUGCUACAACUGCGGAAAACCAUGGCCUCACAGUAAGGGACGCUCCAGUUGCCCCGCUCUCGGCAAACGGUGUACUGCGUGUCACAAAACGGGACACUUUGCUAGUGUGUGUCGUUCAGCACACAAAGCCGUACACGCAGUCGUGCGCGACAGCAGCCCUGACAGUGAUGAACACGUUUUCAUGACCUCCGCUCACUGUCACGCAGUUAAGGGAUCUCCACAGGUAGACAUCAAACUUGAUGGCGAGGACGUCCGUUUUACAAUUGAUACUGGCGCUACCGUGUCUGUCGUCGGUUCGAACAACUUAAAAAAUCGUCUAAGCAAGGAAACGCUGUCCAAGACAUCUAAGAAAGUAUUUGCUUAUGGGGCAAGUUCUCCUUUACCGCUACUUGGAAAGCUUGAUGUUGUCAUGACCUACAAGGAGAGCAGCAGCCAUGAAACUCUCUACGUUGUGUCUGGAGACUGUGCACCACUGCUCAGUUUCUCUGCAGCUUCCCGUCUAGGACUAGUCCAGAUCACGUAUAGUGUGGGAGACGUUACCAACAGACUGGAUCCGAGGAUGGCCUACCCAGACCUUUUCAAGGGAGUGGGCUGUCUAAAGGACUUCCAGGUGCACCUCCAUGUUGACCCCAGUGUCCAACCAGUAGCCCAACCUCACAGACGCAUUCCCUUCUCUAUGCGAAAGCCACUGGAAAAAGAGCUCGAAAGGCUACAGUCCCUUGGCAUAAUCGAAAAGACUGAAGGACCAACCCCCUGGGUAUCGCCAAUUGUCGCAGUACCGAAGCCACAUGACCCCGAGCACAUUCGAAUGUGUGUUGACAUGCGCUGUGCCAACCAAGCUAUCCAGCGUGAGAGACACGUCACACCCACAGUGGACGACAUCUUUGCUGCUUUGAACGGCUCCAUCUUAUUCUCCAAACUCGAUCUGAAAGAUGGGUACCACCAACUAGAACUUGACGCAUCAUCCCGUGUGAUCACCACUUUCUCCACACAUGCUGGGCUCUUCCGAUACAAGAGACUCAACUUCGGAAUCAACUCGGCAGCCGAAGUGUUUCAGGACACCAUCCGUCAGGUUCUAACUAACAUCCCCAACGUGCUCAAUGUAAGCGAUGACAUAUUGGUGUAUGGAAAGACUGAGAAAGAACAUGAUGAGGCUUUGAAGGCCACAUUGGAAUGCCUACUUGCAAGUGGUCUCACACUGAACGUCAAGAAAUGCAGGUUCUACCAACGGGAACUUACAUUUUUCGGGCAUGUGUUCUCCAGCAACGGUGUGCAACCGGACCCCACUAAGGUGUCUGCGAUCUUAGGUGCAUCACCACCUUCCAGCGCCAGUGAAGUGAAGAGUCUCCUCGGGCUCGUUAACUACUGUGGUCGGUUCAUACCCAACUUGGCCCACCUCACCCAACCACUCAGGAAACUCACGGCCAAAGGAGAGGACUGGUGUUGGACAGACAAACAGCAAGACGCCCUGGACGAACUGAAGAGAAAGCUUUCCGAGGCCACAACUCUCGCCUACUUCGAUCCAGGAAAGAACAUCGCACUCAUUGUAGAUGCUGCUCCUCAUGGCCUUGGUGCCAUUCUCACGCAGACAUCCGGAAGCGAAACCAGAGUGGUAGCAUAUGGGAGUCGUGCUCUUUCUCCUGUGGAGGCACGCUACUCUCAAAUUGAACGGGAAAUGCUGGCCGUGGUGUGGGGAAUUGAGCAUUUUCACAUCUACUUGUAUGGGACAGCAUUCCGCCUACUGACAGACCACAAGCCAUUGGUCAGCAUUCUCAGCAACCCUUGCUCCCUGCCUUCAGCACGGCUGGAGCGUCUGGCACUUCGAAUUCAACAAUACACCUAUGAAGUGCAACACACUAGUGGUCCAAGUAACCCAUCUGACUACUUGUCCCGACACCCAGUAAACUCCACGUCACCAUAUCGGUGCAUGGAGUCUGUUGCCGAACAGUAUGUGAACUUCAUUGUGUCUCAUAGCCUGCCUCGUGCCAUGACCAGAGAGGAGGUAACCGAAGCAACGCUCGCUGACCCGGUGAUGAACUCGCUCAAGAAAGCCCUAAAGCAACCCCAGCAAGGCAAAGAGUGGAAAACCACAACUCUGAUGCCCUUCUCUCGCGUUGCGACAGAACUGUCAGUUUCCAAAGAAGGCCUUGUGUUAAGAGGCACGCGGAUAGUACUGCCAGCACAACUUCACGCUAAGGCAGUGCAUCUUGCACAUCGAGGACACCAAGGCAUCGUCAAGACAAAACAGCUGUUGCGUGAGAAAGUGUGGUUUCCAGGGAUAGACUCUUUGGUGGACCAGACAGUUAAGAGUUGCCUGGCAUGCCAAGCAAACACACCAGUACACCAUCGAGAUCCCUUGCCAAUCCAGGAGCUGCCUCGAGGCCCGUGGACUGAACUGUCGUUAGAUUUUGCUGGCCUUUUCCCUGAUGGCAAGUAUGCCAUGGCAGUGGUGGAUGAUUUCUCCAAGUACCCAGUUGUUAGCAUCCUACACACUCUUGCAGCACCUACAGUCAUCAAGCAGCUGCGCACUGUUUUCGCUCAGUUCGGCUGUCCAGAAGUUGUAAAGUCAGACAAUGGCUCACCAUUUCAGAGUGAGAGUUUUGCAGAGUUCGCCAGUGAGCUCGGGUUCAAGCAUCACCGCAUCACCCCACGGUGGCCAGAGGCUAAUGGGGAAGCAGAAAGAUUCAUGCGCACCCUCAAGAAGUCUAUACUCGCAAGUCGUGUCAGCCACUUGGAUUGGACUAAUGAGCUUCAGUCGUUCCUCCUGGCUUAUAGGUCCACACCUCAUAGUUCCACAGGGAAAUCUCCGUUUGAACUUCUGUUUGGGAGACCCAUGAAGAAUCUUCUACCGACACUUGUCGCUGGUACUCACAACUCGGCUCAGUACGAGGCCAGACAGAAUGACACUAAAAGAAAAGCAUACAACAAGUGGUACGUCGACACUCGGAGGCAUACAAGUAACAACCAGCUGUGUGUGGGACAACAAGUCCUCUGUAAACAGGACAGGUCAAACAAGUUUUCGCCUUACUAUGACCCACACCCAUACACAAUCACCAAAGUCAAUGGCUCCAGAAUCACAGCAUCCAGAGAUGGAGUGUCGAUUUGUCGCAACUCAAGUUUCUUCAAAGAUGCAAGCACAGUUCAAGUGGAACGACAUCAGGACCCGACCGACAUGCCAUAUCUGGAUGAUGAAGCUGUGCCGAGUAACAGUGACCUUCCAACCCCCAGCAUAGCUACUCCUAGCCAAGCCAUAUCAGCAGCUCCCAAGACCGUCUCUAAGCGGUACCCCCAACGAUCCAGGCAACGACCUAGGCACCUGAAAGACUUCGUGUUUAAGCAAAACUGAUUUUUCCUUCUCUGAGGGGAUGAUGUAGUGUCCAUGUAUGGCACUCUUUGUAAUGAAGGAAGGCAACCCUGGGGUUCGGGGGCUUCCAAGAUGGCUGCAGUUUCAUUGAAAUAAAUGUGUGUGUGUUCCCAACAGAA